GGGACCAAGACGGGGCACCCAAGGUACACGAAUUCCCCCCGCCCUCCACCUCGGACUCUCCACCAAUCACAAGGCACCGCUUCCAAUACCGACCUAUUAAGGGAGGGACGAUUUAUCUUGUUACAAGUCUGAGAAUUUCAUUCAUACUGAACUUUACGCUGGAUGCGGGAGCGGAGGGACACAGGAGAAAUGGGCGGAGACGACUACUCUAAGCCAACCGUGAGGGCGAACGCGUUGCUUGAGAUCUUAUUUUACCCUCUUGGAACAAGCCCGGAAGAAAAUUACCUCGGUUUCACUGAGAAGAGGCCGUGGACGCAGCCAGGUUUGGAUUCGGAUUCAGCUUCCAUCACUUAGCGGUAUGCCAAGAAGCCUUAUCACACAGAUGUCCUUCGAGAUAAUAUGGAUCAGUCCGGAGUUCACCUCUGGGUGAAAGCAGAACCCUUUAUAGUGGGUGCCUUGCAGGUUCCCCCUCCAUCCAAAUUCAGUCUUCACUAUCUCAGGAAGAUAUCCACCUAUGUGCGAACCCGGGCCACAGAAGGAGCUUACCCACGCCUAUACUGGUCCACGUGGAGGCACAUUGCAUGUGGGAAGCUGCAGUUGGCUAAGGAUCUGGCCUGGCUUUAUUUUGAAAUAUUUGAUAGUCUUGCAAUAAAGACACCAGAGGAGCGCCUGGAAUGGUCUGAGAUUCUGUCCAACUGUAUGUCUGAGGAUGAAAUUGAAAAACAAAGAAAUAAGCUUUCAGUGAACACCCUACAGUUUCUGCUCUUCUUAUACAUACAGCAGUUAAACAAGGUCUCCCUGAGGACAUCUUUGAUUGGAGAAGAGUGGCCUAGUCCCAGAAACAGAUCUCAGUCUCCUGACUUGACUGAAAAAUCCAGUUGCCAUAAUAAGAACUGGAAUGAUUACAGUCACCAAGCAUUUGUCUGUGAUCAUCUGUCAGAUCUCCUUGAGCUACUUUUAGAUCCAGAACAACUCACUGCAUCAUUUCAUUCGACCCAUAAUAGUCUAGUCUCUCGCGAAGCUGUUGUGGCCCUCAGCUUUCUUAUUGAAGGUACAGUGAGUAGAGCCAGGAAGAUAUACCCACUUCACGAACUAGCCCUGUGGCAACCACUGCAUGCAGAAAGCGGCUUCUCACGGAUCUCUAAGACCUUUUCUUUCUACAAGCUGGAAGCCUGGUUGAGAGCCUGUUUGACUGGGAAUCCAUUUGGUACAUCUGCUUGCCUUAAGUCUGGAAAGAAAUUGGCUUGGGCUCACCAAGUUGAAGGGACGACCAAAAGAGCUAAGAUUGCUUGUAAUACACACGUGGCCCCUCGGAUGCACCGCAUGGUGGUGAUGAGCCAGGUUUACAAGCAGACCUUGGCCAAGAGCUCAGAUACUCUGGUGGGGGCACAUGUGAAAAUUCAUCGUUGCAACGAGUCUUUUAUAUAUCUGCUCUCUCCCUUACGAUCUGUGACCAUCGAGAAAUGCAGGAAUAGCACCUUCGUGUUGGGCCCUGUACAGACUGCUCUUCACCUCCACAGCUGUGACAACGUUAAAGUCAUUGCUGUUUGCCAUCGUUUGUCCAUCUCUUCUACAACAGGCUGCAUCUUUCACAUUCUGACGCCUACACGCCCCCUUAUUCUCUCUGGAAACCAGGCAGUAACUUUUGCCCCUUUUCAUACCCAUUAUCCAAUGCUGGAGGAUCACAUGGCCAGGACUGGCCUCGCUACGGUGCCUAACUAUUGGGAUAAUCCAAUGAUUGUGUGCAGAGAGAACUGCGACACGAGUGUCUUCGGACUCUUACCACCUUGUGAAUUCUAUGUAUUUAUUAUCCCCUUUGAAAUGGAAGGGGACACAACAGAGAUACCUGGGGGUCUUCCGUCUGCAUAUCAGAAAGCACUGGGUCAAAGAGAACAGAAGAUACAAAUCUGGCAGAAAACUGUGAAGGAGGCUCGUUUGACAAAGGAUCAAAGGAAGCAGUUCCAGGUACUUGUGGAGAAUAAGUUUUAUGAGUGGCUGAUUAACACGGGACAUCGCCAACAGCUGGACAGUCUUGUGCCCCCUGCUGCCGGCUCCAAACAAGCAGCAGGAUAAGACACCUACGUGGAAACACUGGGCCCUGGAAACAGGAGGGUGAAUGGAAGAUGGUACAUGUCUUCAAACUCAAUUGGGAAGAUGCUCUUGCUGCUUAAGAGACAUUGCAGUUUUUUCCUUCCUAUUUAAGACCGUUCCUUGAUUUCCAUUCCAUACUAAUAUAUUACUGCUUGGGUCAAAUUUUAGAUGAACUUCUGACUAUCUAUCCUAUAAACAAAUGUAUUGUUUAUAGAACAUCAGAAAGCUCAUCUUUGUGUUGCCAAAAUGAAGUUGAUGAAGGCAGUUUCGUUGUAUGUUAAUAUUGAAGUAACUGAUUGUAGAUUUGCAAGUAAAUUUCACAUUUUAAUUUAUAUGAUGAAAGGGUCUCAUCCUUUCUAUAGUUAAAUAAGAAUUUUAUAGUUCUUUGAAACUAUUUAAAAGGAAAUUGCUACUCCUUUUAAAAAUAAUUGGAAUGAAAGAUAGUUUGUUGGUGUAUAAAUAUAGCAGAAAUAGUUUUAUACAAAGAUACUUUAGUCCUUAAAAGUAUGAAGCAAUGAAAUUGUGUAAAUUCUUUAUUUUUCAUUUUCUGCUUCACAUUUUCAAUAAGCAAACUCUAAAAAGUAAUUUUCUCCUUUUGAUAAAAAGAUAGAGAUUUAAUUUUAGAAAAAGUUUUAUGGGGGGAGGAAAGAAUUUUUCCUCUAUCCUAGGUUCUUUAGGCUUUAGUCUAUUAAUUAAAUCGACAUAAGACAGAUUAACAGGAGGCAAACUAUUUUAAUUAGAUAUCUGUGGGUGCCUCAUAAGAAUAUGAGUCCCAGGAACAAGUCAGGCAGUUGGCUUGUAUGCCACCCUGACCUAAGUAAUGGAAUAUAGGCCCAGGGCUUUAGAGGGGAGGAGAGUAAUUCACAGUACGUUAAGAAGAGCAGAUGUAUGGCAGUUAGAUGUUUGCCUUGUCAUACAAAUGGCUCAUUCAGAUUAAAACUUCCCUGUAGUAAUAGCUUUCCUUCUGGGCCAGGCCCCCUAUCUGAAUUAUUUUAGGUAGUUAAGGGAACUUUUUCUUGAAUUUGCAGGGUCUUCAUCACCUUUAACUCAAAAUAAUUCACGUACUAAAGGAGCACAUUUUGGGGUCAUGUUUUCUCCCUCUCAGUUACCAAUGUCACUUCGUGAUGUUAUAGCAAAAUAAAGUUUACAUUUGAUUGG